AAUGUUCAGACAUAGGGAUUUAAAUACAUUUUUAUCUAAUUACUAGCAGUUUGAUAGAUAAAACAAGAAACCCUUUGAAUAUUUGAAUCUGUCAUAUCAUCAAUAAUUUGAACAUUCGCCAAUAAGAAAAUAGACAUAUACUUCAAAACCUAAUGACAUUCAAUAUAAGAGUCUUCAAGAACCUUCAUUUUUAAGAUAAAGCUUAUUACCUAAUUAUGAACCGACAAAGUGCUCUAGUUAAAGAAAUGGAAUCAUCAAAGCUUAUGCUGCUAAUACAAAUUAAGGGAUUGUUAGAGAUUAUAAUGAAGAUAGAGUCUCUAUAAUAUUAAAUAUAAUAAAACCUUAAAGUAGAAAUACAGAAUAAUGGCCUAAAUGUUCAUUUUUUGGAGUUUAUGAUGGACAUGGGGGAGCAUUGUGUGCAGAUUAUUUGAGGGAUAAUUUACAUUAAUUUGUAGUUAAAGAACCAGAUUUCCCAUGGAACCCAGUUGGUGCUAUUACUAAAGGAUUUGAAGCAGCAGAAAAAUCAUUUUUAUAAAUUGCUUAAGAAUCCUAUAAUAAGGGAAUACCUGAAAGAAGUGGAUCUUGUGCAGUUGUAGUAUUAAUUAUAGGAGAUAAUUGUUAUGUGGCAAAUGUUGGAGAUAGUAGAGCAGUGUUAAGUGCUGCAUCUGGAAGGAAAGCUAUAGCAUUAUCUCAUGAUCAUAAACCUGAAUUAGAAUAAGAUAGAAUUGUAAAAGGUGGAGGAUCUGUUUAUUAAACACAUGGAAUUAAUGAAGAAGGCAUACAGAUUUUAGGACCUGUAAGAGUAAAUCCAGGUAGAUUAUCAGUAUCAAGAACAUUUGGAGAUAUAGAAGCUAAAUUUGAAAGGUUUGGUGGAAAUCCAAAAGUUGUUAUUGCUGAACCUGAAAUUAAAUAAUUUAAAAUAACAAAUGAACAUGAUUUUAUUGUUUUAGGAAGUAAUAUUAUUAAAUAUUAUCUAAAGGUGAUGGAAUAUUUGAUAAAUUAAGUUCUUCUGAUGUAAUGAAUAUAAUAUGGAAAGAUAUCUUAAAUUGUCAAGUAGGAAAUAAUUUACAUAAUGUAUUAUCUACUUCAGUAGAAUCUGUACUUAGAGAAAGUAUAUAAAGAAAGAGCACAGACAAUGUGACUUUGUUGAUAAUUGCAUUUUCUGUGGCAUCUUUAAAAGAAGAAGAACUUAGAAUAAAGACAUCAUCAUCAAUUGAAAAAUUAGUAAAGGUACCAUUGACAAAUAAUAUUCCAAGUAUGAGAAUGAGGUAUAAAUUUAAUCUAUUUAUUUAGUUAUUCUAAAAAAACAAAUGAUGAAAACAAUCCAUUCUUACUUAAUACUUAGAAAAUGAAUUAAAAUUAGAAGUUGAAAGUAGAAGAAACAACAAGAUAUAAACCUAGUUAUAUAAAUUGA